CGUCUUUAUUACCAUUUACUUGCCACUUGCCAGAAUCAAUGGCCAGAGUACGUCGUCCCGUCACUGUCAUGCAUGGCCUUGCGUUAUUCUGUGUUGAUAACGUUCGGGUUUCUGUUUGAAAAAUAUUUGAAGUAUUUUUCGUAUUAACUAUUAUUACUUAUUACCUAUUAAACGAUCUAUAUUUUAUAAUAAUUGUACAUCAUAUUUUUCUUUGUGUUGUAUGUUUUAUAAAUAAAUUAUUGUUUGUCCAGUAGGCUUUUGACGAACGCGAUAUUACUGUUUAUUUUUUAUUAGAAUCUUUUGAUCGAUUUUAAUUUACUCUGAACAGUAUAUUAUUAGAUACUAUGUAUCGAAUUGGAUUUUGUUCACACAUUUUUUUAACAAUUUUGAUUUAUGCUAAUCGAAUCAGUGCAGGUUCGCCCCCAGUCGUAUUGUGGCAUGGAAUGGGUACCUAAUAAUUUCUAUUUCUAUUAAAUGGUAUAAAUUAUUUUGUACUUAUUUGUUUGGGUUUCUCUUUUUGAAAAUGAGUAUGUAUUAUAUUGUAAUCGUAUAUUUUAAAAUACAUUAAAAAAAAUUACAAUCAGUGGCGUUACAAAAAAAUUUGCCCCCCCCCCCUGCAAAAAUAAAAAAUGUUAAAAAUGGGCCCCUAAUAUAUUGUUAUACCAAUUAAAACCCUAUAACCAAAGGCCUCAAAUUACCGUGUACCCCCCCAACGGGAGGUCUGUGGGGCCCUAAGUUAUGCCACUGAUUACAAUAUAGUCAUAGUCACAUACUCAUAUAUUUAUAAUUGUAUUUAAGGUACACCUUUUUUUUUUUUUUCUGUUUGAACCGACGACCGGGAGGGAACCGCUUCGCAUUACUUCCUUUCAAAUUUAAGGCGAUAGUUGCUGUAACCCAUUAAGUCUUGGAAGAAUUGUUAAGGUGUUACAGAAAAACUUGGGACCGGAUUCUUAUGUGAAGUCAUUAAAAAUCGGAAAAUCUUUUGAACAGGAGAUAAAGAACAGUUUUUUCAUGAAUAUUAACCUUCAAGUUAAUGAUGUUUGCCAACAAAUAUCUAAAGAUCUAAUGUUGACCAACGGUUAUAAUGCAAUUGGAUUUUCACAAGGAGCCCAAUUUUUGAGAGCAGUUGCACAAAGAUGUCCUAAUCCUCCAAUGUUAAAUCUUAUAUCUAUAGGUGGCCAACAUCAAGGAGUUUUUGGUAUGCCAAAAUGUCUUUAUUCUAGUCAUAAAUGGUGUGAAUAUAUGAGAUUAGUUUUGAACAAAGAAGCUUAUUCAAAAUGGGUACAAGAUACAUUGGUUCAAGCAGAAUAUUGGCAUGAUCCAAUUAAAGAAUCAGAUUACAUAAAGGGUAGCAAUUUUUUAGCAGACAUUAACAAUGAACGUGUUAUCAAUACAAAUUAUCGAGAAAAUUUACUUAAAUUAAAAAACUUUAUUAUGGUGAUGUUUACAAAUGAUACAAUUGUUGUUCCAAAAGAAAGUGAAUGGUUUGCAUUUUACUCACCAGGUCAAGAUAAAGAAAUUAUGCCACUUGAACAUUCUGUUCUUUAUCUUACAGAUCGACUGGGUUUAAAAGUAUUAGAAGAAAGCGGAAGAUUACAUUUUUUGUCAGUUCCUGGUAAUCACCUUCAGUUUUCCGAAGAAUGGUUUUUGAAUGAAAUUGUUAAUAAAUAUCUUAAAUAAUAGUAUACUACAAUAGUAUUAUAGAACUUUUAUAAACAGUAAUUUAUUUAUAAAACAAAAUCAGAAUUUUUAUAAAUUUAAAUAAUUUUGUUAUUGACUGCAUAUAAAUAUUAACGUGAAAAUUUUUUUAAUGUAAACACGAUUUUAAUUGUAAAUGUCAUUUUAAUCAUAUGUAAUAUUUCACAGUAACAAAAUAGAAUGUAAUUUUUUUUUAUACUUUUAUAACUAUAAUUAUAUUAUUUUUAAGUAUA